AUGCCAAUCGUUUUGCACGAGGCAAGGCCCUUUCGGCGAUGCACCGUGCUGUAUCUUCUACCCAUCUUCCGCAACUGGAAUCAGCUGGCACGAGUGCCGUACCGCUUAGCGAUGUAGUGCUUGCACUUUAGUGUUCUGCUCUGUGUUGCGCGAGGCAGCAAUCGCAUGAUUCGCGUCUCUAGCACGCGGCUACGCGGAGGCGGACUACGUCUUCCUGCGACAGGUUACAAGCGUGUGCCUCGCGGCUAGCUUCCUCUGCUUGUUCUUCAGCCUAUGGGGUGCCUUGGCAAGCCGCACACUUCGCUUUGGGGGGUCGACAGUUGGUUGCAGGGUUCCUGCCACGGCGCAGCGGCGGUGCUGCUGAUCGUGCCGUGACAGGCCACCGCAUAUGUUGCGCACAGCUGGCAUGUGUUUUACACGCUUUCUAUCAUCCCCAUCGGCAUCGGGGCCAUCACGCUGGGGACACUCCUGCUGGACUGGGUUGGAGCUUUUCUUGGUAAGGAGCGAGAUGGACGGAGUGCGGACGGAUGGGGCAGAGGCGGAGGAGAAGCGUGUGUGCCACACAGCGCCUCUUUCUGUCGUUGUCGCCUCUGCGCGGAUACGGUCGUCAAAUGUCCACUGAAGAAAUAG